GCUAGCGCUGCUUGUCUCCAACCAACACAACCGACACCACAUCACUCAAAUUGUACGAGCCUUGCCUGCCUGCCAUUUGAACAUCUAUCGUGGCCGUCGACUCGAGGAUAAUUACAAGUAUGAAGACUCAUGUAUGGCUUGUAAUAUACAUUGUCUUCCAAAGACUGUCCUUUGAUCACCUGUUGGAUCUGAUUCAUAGCGCCGCUUGUGUCCUUGCACUGUGUGUACACCAGCGGGUCUCUACCAGACCAGUUGAAUAAUCAGACUCCAUGUCACGAGAAAUGGAUAUGCUCGUCGUCAGCCAGGUCCAAUCGCGAACAAGCUCAUGUUCGAAGAUGACUUAGAUAUCGAUCAGGAAUUUGAAACCUCACAACCUGCUGCCAAGUAUGAUUGUCCACCCUCACGGGCCUCACCUACUCUGGGCGACAAUGAGUAUUUUGAUCGCGAGGCAGACGCUGAUAUCAUCAUGGGCAUGGAUGAGGAUCCUGUUGACAGAGACUUUUAUGUUGACGAGGAUGUUCGUGUUGACGGAGACCCCAUCCUUUGACAGAAUUUUGGCAUGCAUCAAAGCGACGGAGAAUACCCUUCCCGACCUGAUUCCCCUCCUCUACACUUUCCAGCAUCUGAUGAUGAGUCUCUCGACAAUCAAAGUAUACUUUCUCUCGAUCUCGGCACUUCUGCUAUCACACACGACGAGCAUCACGAAUGGGUUAGUACAGGUGAAGAUAUCGAGGGAGGUGACGAGCACGUUUGGGACCCAGAGGUGGAUCCUGAAUACUUAUCAAACGAUGCUGUCCUCGAGGAUGGCCUUGCACAAGAAGACCAGAGCGAGCUGGAGGAUAUCCUCCCACAUGCAUUAUCAGAACAUCCGGCUCUUCUCAAUGGUUACUUGACUGUGUUUGUCAAUGCUGCAUAUCGACAUGCAACACAUGCAGACUCGGAGGCAACACUUACCCUUAC